UUUUGACAGUCGGAAACAGUGUUAUAUCAGGAGAUAACACCUGUCACACUGAAUUUAUGAAUUUUGUGAUAAUUGAACAAAAUCCCGGUAAAAGUAUCCAGAAUUCCUCUCUGUAUUCAAAGCGCUAAAAGUUAACUGGAUGCAGAAACACUAAGCGCUGUUUUUUGCGGUUUUAUACAAGACGCAGGCGCAGCUGGCAAAAAUGAGGUGUUGUCACUGUCUUGUGUUGCCAUAGUAACGACCUACGACUGGCAGUCUGGCACGUCCUGCUGAAUCCUGCAGCUGGGCCUGAGCUGGCUUGGAGAAACUCCUGGGCGUGGGCAGGAAAGCUAACAUUCUAAACAGCGUCAACUGGCUUUAAAAAUUGAUUUCACACUCUCAACAGACAAAACGUGAAGUUUGUAGUCAAUCAUGCCACCUCUGCAAGUUGGGUCAUCUCAAGGUGGCAAUGAUGAAAAAGUUCGUGUCGUGGUUCGUGUGCGGCCACUCAGUGAAAAGGAAAUUAAAGAUGGCCACACAAAUGUGGUUGAAGUGAACCAAAAGGCUUGCUGUGUAAGUGUAACAAACCCAAAUAUGGCUGCCUCAUCUCAUUCUUCAGAUGAGCCUCCCAAGAUGUUCACUUUUGACUCAGUUUUCUGCCCUGACUCCAAGCAGGUUGAUGUGUACAACUUAGCUGCUCGUCCUAUUGUUGACAAUGUACUUGAGGGCUACAAUGGCACCAUCUUUGCUUAUGGACAAACUGGAACUGGAAAAACAUUUACAAUGGAGGGCAUUCGUGACAAACCUGAGCUUAAGGGCAUCAUACCAAACUCCUUUGCACACAUCUUUGGGCAUAUUGCCAAAGCCGAGGAGGACCAAAAGUUCCUAGUACGUGUAUCGUACCUGGAGAUCUACAACGAAGAAGUGAGGGACUUGCUGCGGUCAGACCAGAGCACGCGGCUGGAGGUGAAGGAGAGGCCUGAUGUAGGCGUGUACGUCAAGGAUCUCAUCACGCACGUCGUGCACAACGCUGAUGAGAUGGAUAAGAUCAUGACGCUCGGCAACAAAAAUAGAUCCGUGGGAGCUACGAACAUGAACACGCACAGUUCACGCAGUCACGCAAUUUUCACCAUCACCAUCGAGUGCGCACAGAUCGGCCUGGACGCCAAGCAACACUGGCGCGUCGGCAAGCUACACCUCGUUGACCUCGCUGGUUCAGAGCGGCAGAGCAAGACAGGAGCGACAGGCCAGCGUCUGAAGGAGGCCAGCAAGAUCAACCUGUCGCUGUCGACGCUCGGCAACGUCAUCUCAGCCCUCGUCGACGGCCGCUCCACGCACAUCCCUUACAGGAACUCCAAGCUCACCAGACUCCUGCAGGACUCCUUGGGCGGCAACUCCAAGACUGUCAUGUGCGCUAACGUCGGCCCCGCGGACUACAACUACGAUGAGACCAUCAGCACGCUGCGCUACGCCAACCGUGCCAAGAACAUCUGCAACCAGGCUCGCGUCAACGAAGAUCCAAAAGACGCGCUGCUACGUAAGCUGCAGGAAGAGAUCAACAGGCUACGGGAGCAGCUGGAACAAGGAGACGAAGAAGAGACUGAAGAAGAAACUGAUGAAGAAUAUUCAGGAGAAAAUUCUCCACUGGAUAAACCUGUGAAGAAGAAAAAGAAGCGCUACACUGAUGAAGAGCUUGCAGAACUACGUAAACAGUUGGACGAAGAGAGGCACUUGUUAAACGAACGUAAAGAUAUGGAGGAAGAAGAGAGGGAUAAAGCUAGGAUAAAUUUAGAGAAACAAGAGGCGGAGUUGAAGAAAGCGGCUAAAGAGGCGGAGGCCCUAAAGCAGCGCCUCGCUGGCCUCGAACGUAAAAUUCUCGUUGGUGGGGAAAAUUUACUGGAAAAGGCGGAGGAGCAACAGCGGCUGCUGGAGAAGAGCGCCCAGGAGCUCGAGGAGAGGCGCAGGCAUGAAGAGCAGCUGAGGGCCGCCAUCACUCAGAAGGAGGCGGAGCGUGUAGACCUAGAGGAGCGCUACAGUUCGCUACAAGACGAGGCAGCAGGCAAGACCCGCAAGAUGAAGCUGGUCUACCGCCUCUACGUGAGCGCUAAGGGCGAGCUCAGCGACAUGCAGACCGAACAGCAGCGCGAGACCGAGGAGCUCCUCGAGACCAUCAGACACCUCUCGCGAGACUCUAAACUACAUCAGCUGCUUAUUGAUGCCUACAUCCCGCCACAGUAUCAG